AUUAGUAUAAAAAAGGUAAAUUAUUAUUAAUGUUUCUACAUAUAAGUACACACGCUUACCUCUAUCGUUGACAUGGAAACACAUAUUGUACGUAUAUAUAAAACGUUGAUUGUGGACAUACUAACAAUAGUGCGUAACUAGUUUUCAACAACAUGAGUUCUUCGUUGGUAGUUCCGCUGCUUAUUGUCGGGUUUGCUGUUGCAAACUCUUUUUCUGAGAACAGGCACCGUGCACCUAUUUUUGAGGUAUGCUGCGAAUUUGAACCGUUUAUGGCUGCCCCAGAAGACGAAAAAAUGAAAGAAUGUAUAAGUGAAAUUUUGGGCGAUCCAAAAAGUAUGAAUCACAGCAAUCCGCCAACCGAUCAAGAAUUGGAAGAACUGGCAGAAAAAAUUGCUUGUAUUGAAGAGUGUACUGCUAAAAAAUACGAAUUGUUAGACAGUGAUGGAAAUAUUGUGUUAGCCAAAUUACUUGAAGUCGCGCAAGGCAAAAUAAAUGGAACAUUUAUGGAAAAUCAUAUCGAAGAAGCAGCUAAGAAGUGCAUUGAAGAUAUCGAAAAAGAAAUUCCGAAAGAAUCCAAGUGUAAUCCAAAGCCCCUGUUUCUAUCUAAUUGUCUCUUCUUCAGAUCUCUUGAGAAUUGUCCAGCAGAUCAAGUGAAAGACAAAGCUAAAUGUGAGACUAUGAUUGAUGAGAUUAAGAAUGGAAAAUUUCCACACCACUUUGAUCCACCACCUCCAGAAAAUUAAAUCAAUCCCGAAUUUAAAAUUAUACCCUAUUUACUUAAUAAAAAUGUUAUAGUAUGUAAAUUUCAAAUACAGUACACUUAAAAAUA